AGCUAAACAAACAGAAUCCUCAAACAACACUCUUGUUUUAAUAAAAUUACUUCUUAAUUUCUCCUAACACCCAAACAAUAAUCUUUCUUGAUGUCAUUUGUUUUCCAACGUCUCUAUCCAAAACAACCAACAUUCGAAAUUUCACUUCCACAUCAAAAAACCCAAACUACCUUUCCCCCUUCUCACCAAAAUCUCCCCAUAUAAAGCCCUUUUUUGUAAAUUCACACACCUAGUCCACCAGUAACCCCGUUGAUCAUGCCGGCUUAGCAUCUUAUUUGCCGCCGCACUUUAAAUGUUUGUUUUUAGCCUCAUCCAUUUUCGGUAACAAAGCAAAAAAGAAAAAAAAAAAAAAAAACGAAACAUAAAAUCUAUCUUCCCCUUGUGGGACUAUUGUUUAUUUGAUUGUUAACAACAACAACAAAAACAAAAUCGAUUAUUAGUACAGUGUGCGCAAACGUUAUCUCUAUCUCGUUGUUACUAUGAAGGAAAACGACGUUGAAAACGUUGUUUUUGAUCCUUCAUUGAAGACAAAAAAACCAAAAUCUAGAGAAGUAAGUUCAAGACAUCUAUCUCCAACUUCGAAUUCAUCAAUUCUUGAUUAUGAAAAUCGGUCUGCACAAAACACAGUACCAAAACCAAGAUUAUCUAGUGAUUACAAGAAGCAUAAAAGUCUUGAUAAAUCAGGAUUAAUGGGUAAACUUUGGUCAUCUUCUUCAUCCAACUCGUCAUCGAAUUCAAUGAUGGAUACUUUUGCUAAUCACUUGGGAAAUGAGAGACUAAAAGACCUUGAAGAGCGAAAAAGUCGCGAAAAUCCCAAGUCUCAUUCUGUUUCCCUUAGUAAGCAAAAGAGUUGCACUGAGUUUAGUAGGUUUGAGAAUGAAAAAGACAAGACGAAAGAGAAAAAAAGAUCAUUUUUUGGUGGAUCAAUGAGGUAUACUGGAAAAAUCAAAUUUCCAGGGAGAUUCUCAACACAUUCAUCAACGUCUUCAAAGUUAUCGGAAGAUUAUAGCGAUCAGAUUGCCCCUGGAAGAUUUUCUGUUGACGCGAAUUCCCUUGGAAGAAGAUGUAAUUCUGCAAGAAUUAGAUCAGACAUUUUAACAGAUAUAGCGAAUGAUUCGGAGUCCGAAUACAGUGACAUUUGUUCAAACAACAGUUUUGAUUCACCUGUUUUUGGGAGAAAUAUAGCACCAUCAUACAUGGCACCAACAGUAAGUUCAAGAAAAGCUGGUAUCGAAGUCCCUUCGAAGUAUAUGCAAAAUUCAUUAUCAAAAUCGCGAAGAUGGAGCGCAGAUUCUAGUGUUCAUAAGCCAGAUUCUCCGAAAUUGGGACUCAAAUUCAAGAAUCCAAUACAAGGGGCUAAUUCACUUACUAGUAAAACUUCUAAAUGGUCUUUGUCUCCUGGAAGGCCAAAUUCUCCUCCUGUGUUGAUGGAAAAUAAAGGGAUUUUUACGUCGAAUAUGAAGCCCCCAACGAGUCCUUCCAAAGGGAAAAAAGUUGGGAAUUUUCUUAGCAUGGGACUUGAUUUGCUCAAAGGUAAGAAAUUUACUUCUGGUGCAGCAUCUCCUCUUAGGCCUGGCAUGCCAGAGAGCGUUCAUCAUCUAAGGAAACUUCAUAAUAGAUUGUUGCAGUGGAGAUAUGUAAAUGCCAAAGCUGAUUCAGUUCGUCACAAUGUCAGUAAACAAGCUGAGGCAAAUUUAAUAUAUGCUUUGGAUGGUCUUAUAACAUUGAGACAAUCUGUGGUACAAAAGAAGCUGCAGCUACAGAGGCAAAAGUUGGAGAUGAGAUUGAGUUUUGUUCUUCUUUCUCAAAUUAAGUUACUGGAAGCCUGGGGUUCUAUGGAAAGGCAACAUUCUUCAGCAGUGUCAAAAUCCACUGAUUGUUUACAAUCUGCGAUUUGUAGAGUUCCUCUCAUUGAAGGAGCGACGGUGGAACCACGAUCGGCUAUUGUUGCACUGCAACAUGCAUCAGAUGUAUCUUCAUCGAUCAAGUUGAUAUUAUCCAAUUUCUCAUCGGGAGCUGGAAAAACUGCAGAAGUAAUUAAGGAAAUGGCAGAGGUAGUUGUACAAGAGAAGUUGCUGUUAGAAGAAUGCUUGGAGCUAUUCAGAAACAUUUCUGCACUAGAGAGUCAAGAAAGGAAUUUAAUGUGCAGCAUUAUCCAAUUAAGACUGCAACAAGAACAGCACUGCAAAAAAGAGAAGGAAGGGUAUCAGCUUAAUCAUUCAGCAGAGUAAAUGCUCAAGGAUUUACCAUAAUAGGCGGAGUCAGGAUUUCAAUUUUAUGGCUGUUAUGGAUUUCAAAACGACGAGGUUCAAGUGUUAAUAUCUGAAUUCUAAACUUAACAUUUGUGUAUGGCAUAAUACAUAAAUGUGUCCUUUUAACUUGGCUUCAACUUUCAUCUAUGCCCUCCAACUUUGGUAUUCAUAAAUAGACACUUGAAUUUGUAUCAAGUUGAAUAAAUAGACACAUGCGUCUUAUGUGAAGCCUACUUGGCCAAUUCAUCUCCGAUGUGGCGUCCUACAUGUGUUACGCCACAUAGGACGUGUAUGUCUACUUGUUCAAUUUCAUACAAGCUUAAGUGUCUAGUAGUGCACAUCCAAAGUUGGAGAUCAUAAAUGUUAGUUGAGGUUAAGUUAAAAGGGCAUGUUUAUAUAUUAUGCCUUUGUAUAUUUAAUGAAUUUUCUUAAUACAAUGUAUUCAAUUUUCUGGAGACGAGCAAGAGUAGUAGCAUUAUUUUGCUGAUUUUUUCACCGUAUGUAUAUUAUUGACGUACACAUAUUUAGUGAAAGCUCGAAGAUGGUGGCACUAUCAGCUUCAA